AUGUAUGGCACAAUUCAACAUCCAGGUGAGAAUGAAUUUAUUCACAAGCGAACAGCUCAUACACAAAAAUGUUCAGUCUAAAAGCAUACAAGGCUGAUUAAAGUCAUCUGUCUCUCAACAAAAUUAUGAAUUAUUUAAACCAUUUGGCCAUAUGUAUGAAGACCACCACUGUUUUAAAGAACAUCAACUGUAGUGAGUCCUGCUCUCACUUUCUUAUAUGAGAUUAACAUGUAAGUUACAAAGUUUACGCACCUCACAUUUAAGCUUUACAUGGGUGAUCUAUAUUUUAUGUUUUUAUUUUACUUUUAAUUUUUCAAAUCUUUCUUAUUUGGGUUUCAUAGUAACUCACAUAGUAGUACACAGGCUCUAAGUCGUCCGAAAAGUAUCGAUCAGCAUAUCUUAUUGUCAACUAAAUAUAUCCUAAUUUAAGGUCAUUUGUCAUGUGUCAAACGUAUUUUAAUCUGUAAUGCUGAAAAUGAAAUCACAUUUGUGCAAGAAUAUAUGUAUUGCGAACCCAGAAGGUAUACCAACUAAAUAAACUGCUAGUAUGUGUGAAAUGUGUUGUAAGUGAGAACUGCUACAUGUGUAAUGUUGUUGGUAAAUCAUAACAGGAAGCGAAACAGACACUUGUAUGUGCAAUUUAGGAGAAAAUAACACAUUUUGUAAUUUUGAACACUACUAUAUGCUUUGCACGACUAGAUCUGUGUUGUUCAGAGUAUUUAUUAUUGCCAGAGAAAGUCUGAGACACAUCUUCUUACUGGGCAGGAGGAUUCUCGGAGCUGAGUGUAGUGACAUGAGCUCAAAAUGAUCUCUGGUUAUUGCUUAUCACUGUGUUUUUGUGUUUGUCAUGAUUGUAUUACUUUAACUCCUUGGCUGCUGGGCUAUUUUACAUCCAUGUGCUGUAGCCUUUUUAAGAUUUUGCAUUCAUUGCAUUCAAACAGUAGAAGUGCUUUUUCUGUUACCCCAACAAAUUAUAUAUUGGGGUGUUUAGGUAGAUCAUACACUUUUAGAAAAUAACUUUACUUUGCAAAACAAAUUCAAACAUCAAAUGACCAAAAUGUUUGUUACAGUUUUAUAGGGAAAAAUAAUUCCCAAGAUAAUUUGAUCCAGUUUCUUAUAAGUCUUAAAGGACCACUAAAGGACCCUGAUUUUUCAGCUUAUUCUGCUAUUUUUUGUGUGAGAUUGAAAAUACACUGCAAUACCAGCGCUGGCCAGUAGGUGGUGCUGUGUAUGGAGAGAGACAGGGAUAGGGAGCUGCAUCUUAUCCCUGCUUCUCUCUGACUGAAUCCGCAGAGGAGCCUACAGAGAGCCUACAGAUCAGGUAAGUGAGGCAUGGGGGUGGGGGGGCAGAGAUAGCCUACAGAUCAGGUAAGUGAGGCAUGGGGGGGCAGAGAUAGCCUAUAGAUCAGGAAGUGAGGCAUGGGGGCAGAUAGCCUAUAGAUCAGGUAAGGAGGCAUGGGGGCAGAGAUAGCCUAUAGAUCAGGAGUGAGGGUGGGGGGAGAGAGAGUCCACAGAUCAGGAGUGAGGAUUGGGGGGCAGAGAUAGCCUACAGAUCAGGGAGUGAGGAUUGGGGGCAGCCUACAGAUCGGGAGUGAGGAUUGGGGGCAGAGAUAGCCUACAGAUCAGGGGAGUGAGGAUUGGGGGGGGGAUAGCCUACAGAUCAGGGGAGGAUUGGGGGCAGAGAUUCCAGAGACAGAUCAGCCCUACAGAUCAGGGAGUGAGGAUUGGGGGCAGAGAUAGCCUACAGAUCAGGGAGUGAGGAUUGGGGGCAGAUAGCCACAGAUCAGGAGGAUUGGGGGCAGAGAUAGCCUACCGAUCAGGGAGGAGGCAUGGGGCAGAGAUAGCAUACAGAUCAGGAGUGGGGCAUGGGGGAGGAGGGCAGAGAUAGCCUACAGAUCAUGGGAGUGGGGCAUGGAGGGGCAGAGAUAGCCUACAGAUCAGGGGAGUGGGGCAUGGGGGGGCAGAGAUAGCCUACAGGAAGGGUCAGCAAGGAGCAGGAAGGUAAAGUAAGAAAAGGAGCAGAAAGGGGCAGCAAGAAGCUGGAAGGGACAGCAAGGAGCAAAACAGGUAAAGUAGGAGAAGGAACACAAAGGAACAGAAAUGAGCAGGAAGGGUCAGCAAAGAGCUAGAAGGUAAAGCAGCACAGAUGUAGAGUAGAAGGAGCAGAAUGGGUCAGCAAGGAGCUAAAAAGGCAGGAAGGGACAAAAGGAGCACACAGGUGAAGUAGGAGAAGGAACAGAAAUGAGCAGGAAGGGUCUGCAAGGAGUAGGAAGGGGCAGCAAGGAGUAGGAAGGGUCUGCAAGGAGAAGGAAGGGUCUGCAAAGGGCAGAAAGGGACAGAAGGAGCACAAAGGUAAAGAAGGAGAAGGAGCAGAAAAGGGUAGCAAGGAGCAGAAAGGGACAACAAGGAGCAGAAAGGGAUCAGAAAGAGAAAGGAGCAGAAGGGGAAGCAAAAUAAGCAGAAGGUAGCAGAAAGGUAAUGGAGCAGAAGGAGCCAAGGAGGAGAGAAGACAGUGUCAGAAGAAAAAGAAGACUGUGUCAAAUGAAGGAGAAGAAAAGGAGAUUGGAGAAGGAAGGACACGUGAAGUGAACCCUCCACAGGCUUUGGUACCUGAGCCUGGCAGGGAAACUUUGGACCUUCUCAUCUCCCCAGGUAAAAAAAAAUAUCAGUGUUAAUGUGUUCACUUUUAUUUACUGAGUGUCAGGAAGCACAGAGUGCCGCUGGGGAGGGGUGUCGCUGAUUGGCUAGAGCGGUCAGCUGGUACUCUAAGCCAAUGAGUAGCUCCUAAAUUCAUAAAAAAGUUUUUAAAAAUUAUGAACUGGGAACUAGCGAUUCGCUUAGGGCAUCAACUGACCACUCUAGCCAAUCUGAAGCACCCAUGCCUGACGUCAAUCUGCACUUCCUGACACUCAGUUUCAAAAGCCGAAUACCACUGAGCGACCUGGAAAUCUGGAGCUGGAGGAAGACUUUGGGGUUAAACCAUUUGAGAGCGGUUUAACCCAUUAAAAGGAAAGAGAGCACCCAGGGGCUUCCUGGCAUCAUAGCAUUUUCAUUUAGAUGAUGUUGUUACAGUGACCAGAAUGUUCCUUUAAUUUGCUUAAAGGAACACUAUCGUGUCAAGAAUACAAACAUGUAUUCCUGACACCAUAGUUGUGAAAACGCUAUUCACCCUGGCUUUAUGUGAUAAUGACUAUGCUCCUCCAGUUCAUGACACUGUCAAAAAGGGACCAAGGAUGGAUGGCAUUACAAUUAUGCCCCCCCUGGAAAAAUUCCUGCGGACGUCCAUGAAGGGACUCUGUAGGCACUAUAACUAUUUCAUCACAAUAAACUGGUUAUAGCGCUUGUAGUCCCCCAGCACUAUCCCUCCAUUCAGUGGUAAAUUGUUUUCAAACAGUUUAACUCUAAAUAAGGAUCCCUGGCCACUCAGUCUUGAACUAACUGGAGGUAUGACUAAAGCAGAGAUUACACUCCUCUAUCUAGCAAUACUUACUCAUAUCAAUGAUGGUCACUGUGAUAGGCUGAACGUAGUCACUGCCUACCACUUCUGCUCAGGUUAAUGUGUACUCAUUAGCACAAGUAGUAAAAAGGGCAUGGGCUGUUGGGACUCUCAUUUAGCAAUACAUCAAAAGCUUUAAAGCUGAGAGGAAAAGUGGCACAAGGAGACUCCAGACACUAGAUCCACUUCAAUGAAAUAAUUCAGUUACAAUGCCCAUAGUGUCACUUCAAGUAAAACCUGAAAUAUUGCUAAUAUUAAGAUUACUUAGCACCUUAAUAUCCAACCUUAAAUAAAUUAGCUUAUUUUUUUUUUUUUUUACUUUCAGCAAUCCUUCAGAAAAUGGAAGAGAAAAAACUGUAUAGCACAGUAUCAUACCCAGGUAAGGAUUAAUUAGAAAUAACUCUGUAAAAUGGUAAUUUGAACUUAUUUUUCAUAAAUGUUCAUGUGUGUUGUAAAACAAAUUCUGUAGCAAAAUAAUGAAGAAAACAAAAAAGUGUAAAAUAUGUAAGCUGGGACAAAUUUUAGAGUAAGGCUUGAGGAGUCAACAUUUCAUGAACCAAUUUCAAUGAUAUUAUAUACAAAGAAAGUUUAACGUAUGUAGAUUUGUUUGACUAGGUAUGGAAGAUAACAUCUUUUAAAUGAGCUCCAUUUAAAACCUCGCAAAGUCAGGCUCUUUUAAUUGGAUUGUUCAUAACAUUAGUUAAUGGUUGAGACUCUACCUCUCAAAUUAAGCGCUCAAUAACUUCCUGCGAGGUUAUUUCUCACCAGACAACGGUGCUUUUGACAGAUUGCAAUUUCCAUCUUGUUGUAGUGGAAGGACGCAAGUAGGCAACAGGGUUGUCAGUGUGUUUUUUGUCCAAACAGUUUGACAAAAAGUAGGUUUCCCCAGUGCCCAAAGCCCACCCGCUUGGCAUGACAUAAUAAGGAAGCCAAAUUGCAGUUAACCAUUUUCUGAGAUGCAUAGUUAACCCCACAUCCCUUAUUAGUAUGGACUUGCUGUGUGUAUUCAUGUGUAAAUAGAUAAUUGUAGUGUGUGUGGGAAUGCAGGUAUGUAUUUCUGUGUUUGUGUGUCAUUCUGAUUGGAUUUUUACCCAUGUCCUCCUAUAGCUAUCUCACAUUACCCCAUUUUGUGUAUCUUUCACACUAGUGUCCCUUCAUCUAUCUUGCCCAUGCACAUGAUGUGACCACAACCAGUGGAAAACAGUGCUCUAGUAGAGGCAGUUAUUUUUCCAAAGCUCGCCAAUUUUCUACUUUCAUUUAGCCAUUAACUGUAGAAAUUCACAAGUAUAAAAAGACAAAAUAUUUGGAGGUAAUUUCUCAUUAUUUUAUGAUAUACAGAAUUUGGAAAUGUAAUAAACUAGGCUUUAAAAAUAGUUUUCAUUAGAAUGUUGAAAAGAUACAAUUAAAACACAAAUAAAACUAAAAUUGUAAGUGUUAUCCACAUUUUAGAAGAGUUAAUUCACAAAACAAAUAGUUGUAGUGUACUAAAAAUCAAAAUUUCAAAAUUGAGACAAAAGUGGUGAUUUAGAAAAUACCUCCAACGUGGUCAUCAUCAUGGUCUAUUUACCCUGAAUUUUGUCGUUUGGAAUUCAGUUCACUGCAGCUCUGUGUUUAGUGUUAAACAAGAAUUAAUCUUGAAAGGAACAUUCCUACCCCAUAACAACUUCAUGUCAGUGAAGUUGUUAUGAUGGCAGGAGUGCUUUGACAUGGUCUUAAAUUCAUCGGUUAGAUUAUUUUCGAACAGUGUAACUGCAAAGUUGUCCCCCUGGCAUUCUACAGUAGAGGAAUGUUUGCUUUUCCAGCAUUUCACAUUUAAUUAGUAUUAGUAGGACUUUCAUUAUUUAUAAUGUCAAUAAAAUCUGCAGCGCUGUGGACUAACAAACAAGGUUUUGCAAUAAGAUAUGUUAUGCGUAAAGGAGAAGGUGCUGGGGUUCUUGCUCAAGCAAGCUUACAUUCUAAGAGGAGUGGGAUAAAAUGACACAAAAGGUAAGGGUAAGAUGUAUUUCAUGCAUAAGAAAAAUAUGUUGCUAGAAGAGUUUACAAAAACACUUAUUUUAUUAGAUGACACCAUUUGCAGGAGAGAUGGUGACUUAGUGUGGGGUGGAUAGAGAAAGUAGUUAACAUUAAUAUGAUUUCUUAAAGUGAGUCUUCAGUCUAAUGGAAAGGGCAAGAGAGGUCCAAAGCCCUAAAAAAGUUUUGAAGGUGAGAGUCAGAGAUGCAAGUAUGAACAGAGGAUAGACCUAGGUCUUUUGCAGAGCAUAUGGGCCUGGGUGGGACAUACUUGUAUAUUAGAACCCUAUAUCUUACCGGAGGGCAUUGUAAUGACUGACACAGACAGAAGGCAUGGUAGGACAGGAAGAUGAGCCUCUCUGCCACAUUCAUUAUAGACUGUAGCGGGAUGAGCUGAAAACACCUAAGACCAGUAAGAAGUGGAUUCCAGUAGUCAAGGCAGCAGACUAUAGCGGCAUGGACAAUCACCUCAGCCGCAUCAGAUGUUAGUUUGGGCUAUGUUUUUCAGAUGGAAGUGACAAGAUUUGGGGACUGACUGAGUGUGAGAGUUGAAGGAGAACUUGGAAACAAGGAGAACACCAAAGUGGCAAGUUUGUGAGGUAGAGUCGAUAGUAGUGCCAUUGAAUUAAAAGGAGUUAGAGUUGUAGUGUUGAAAGGAGAAAAGAUGAAAAGUUCUGUUUUGGAGAGAUUGAGUAUAAAGAGGUGAGAUGCCAUCCAGUUAGGAAUACCACAGAGGCAGAGACACAAUUCAAGAGAGACAGAGAAAGAUUUGGAGAACACAGAUAGAUUUGCGCAUCAUCAGCAUAAAAAUAUUAUCGAAAGCCAAAUGAACUGAUUGGUUUACCAUAGGAGUCAAUAUAGCCUGUCAGCAGUAAGAGUUCAAGGACAGAACCUUGAGGAACACCAACAGAGAGAAGUUGCUGAGGAGAGGAAGAACUAGAAUAGGACUUACUGGAAGAGCACUCAGAGAAGUAAGAAGAGAACCAGGAAAGAGCAUGGUCUCAAAUUUGAUGAUCAACAGUAUCAAAAGCAGCAGAGAGGUCAGGGAGAAUUAGAAGGGAGUAGUGACCACUACAUUUUGCAGAAAUGAGUCAUUGGAUACUUUGAUCAGGACUGUUUUGACAGAGUGACAAGUGCAAAAUCCACACUGAAACAUGUCAAGCAGACAUAUGAUUCACGUAAAUUGGUUAGUCUCUUGUACACAAUUCUCUUAACAAUCUUGGUGACAGACAAUAGUAGGGUGAUAGGGCAGUAGUCGGGUGGUAUGUUUGUGUCAAUAUUGGGAAUUUUUUAGAAUCAGGAUUAUGAUUUCAUGCUUGAUGAAUGCUGGAAAUAAACAUGAGCAGAAGGAGAGAAUAAAUAUUUUAUUAAGCGGCAGAGCAAGCAAAAUGUACACUGUGCAAAUAAUAUGUAAAGGAAUAGGAUCGAGGGAACAUGUGGGGAGCGUGAGGAGCAAAACAGACCAUAAACCUCUUCUUGUGUAACAUGUGUGAAUGAGCAAACGAUAGAGGAGGGAGUGGGGCUAUGGGAAAUGAAUAUUUCUAAAAUAAAGCAUUAUUCUUUAGUGAACCAAGCCUUAGAACCUGGAAAUAUAGAUUUUCUUUUUACAAUUUAAAAAGCAAAAUAUUCCAUUCAGGGCAUGCUAUUUCGUUUCAAAGACAGGUGAUUGGAAAUAGAUUAUUUUUUGCAAUGCUAUUAUAAACACAAUUUAUUUUGCAUUGUCUCUUUUUGAAAAUCAAUAUAAAUAUACAAGUCCUAUAUGAUAUAUUGUUAUAAAUUGCAAUUUCACAUGGAAUUAUCAAACACAGACUAACUCCCCUGCAGUUUUGAAUAGUGAAAAGUGUUUGAAAUAUUCAUCACAUUGUAAAAUCUGUCUAUUAUACUAGUUUUGAACAAAUUCCACAUUCAUGUCCAUUGUACAGUCCUUCAUUUUUAAAACAGUGAUGGAGAGCAGAAAUGUGCGUUGCUGAAGAUAAUAGUAAUGUUUUUAAGGGGAGAUAAUAGUUCUUAGAAUUUAAGGAGCACUUUAAGAUAUAAAAAAUAUUUAUUUAUUUUUUUGAAUAAAGGGAAAUGGAAAAAGGGGAAAGGAGAAGGAAAUAAUGAAUAUUACUGUGAGAUAUAAAAGUUCUCCUGUUAACAAUGAACAAUCUUUUUGCCUUCCUCUACUGCCAAAAUUUUGUUGAAUAAUAUAAUCUAAAUAAUUCUAAUUACUCUAACUUUGACUUUCUAAUUCUAACAUCUAAUUAUAACUCUAAUUUCUAUAAAUGUUAAUAAACAUGAAGGAUAGGGUUGACGUUCUAAUUCUGAAAUAUAUUCUUCCUUAUCGUUAUAAGAAAUAUGUAACGUUGCGUUAAGAUUUAUAAUAAGUCUAAUACAAGUUCUCAUUUGGGAAACUAAGAGGAUUUUUUAUUCAACCUCAGUCUUCUCUGUCUCCUGUAUUAUAAAUAUAGAAUUGUCAUGAUACCCCAUUUCAGAACCUCAUUGCUAACGGGAUAUUUAUGUAUGGCAUAUGGGAGGUUAGAUCCCUCCCACACCCCAUAUGGGAUUUGUGUACUGUAUUUGUGGUCCUAAGUCAUGGACCUAAUGUGUUUAUGGGUAUGUUUAAUGUUUUUAUUGUCACUGUGAGCGUACGUGAUGAAUGUAGCCACGAAAAAAUAGAAAGGGAAGUGUUGGAUGGAGGGGCUGGUUAAGAUAAUGACAUUAAAUGUGCAGGGUUUUAAUUCCCCUCAUAAACAAGCUAUGUUUAAUUAAAAUCUAUAUAGGGAGCAUGUGGAUAUCUGUUGUAUUCAAGAAACCCACAUGAAGGGCAAUGACAUACUCCGACUUAAUAAUAAACAAUAUGCUGUUUUAGAAUAUUCCUCCCUAAGAAGGGAGAAGAAACGUGGCAUAGCCAUAAUUUCCUCACAUAAUAUAAACUUAGAGAUUAUGCAUAAACAGAGUGACGAGCUGGGCAAAUUCUCUUUUGCCAUUUGCAAGAGUGACGACAUAAUAUACUCUGUAUUAAAUACAAAUACAAAGCAAUUAAAAAAUGUUAAUAAAAUUUUACAAACAAUGUGUGUCCUUUUCAAAGAACAUUUAUAUGCUGCAGUGAUUUUAGUUGUAUUGCAGAUUAUAAUAUGGAUAAGCAUAACUUAAGUAACACUGGGAAGAGUAAUAAUCAGGUCAGCCUUGCAAAAGCUUUUCAGGACACACUGGGUCGAUAUGAACUAUACGAUAUAUGGAGAACUAUUAGACCAAUGGAUAAGGAAUAUACUUUUUUCUCAAACAGACAGCAAUCUUUUUCAAGAAUUGAUAUGAUCUUACCAAAAGCGGUAUCAAACAUAGACUGUAAGACAAUUUAAAUAAAAAAUGUGGUAUGGUCAGAGCACGACUCAGUGUAUCUGGAAAUUAAAGGAAAAUACAAUAGAGGAUAACGAACAUGGCUUAUGAAUGGAAAUCCUCUGAAAUCUAGGGAUAAUAUUAAGGAAAUCAAAACAACCAAUAAGCAAUUUUUUGAGGAAAAUUUUGCAGGAGAUGUAAUUCUUGCUAAUGUAUGAGCUACAUACAAAUGUGUAUUAAGUGGAUACUAGACAUGUGCAAUUAGUUUUGGUCCGAAUUCGAAUUCGGACGAAUUUCAGGCAAUUCAGACAUUCAGGUACUUCCGAAUGUCCGAAUAGCUGAAUUGCCGAAGUGCCGAAUUCCUGAAGUCCCAAAGUUCUGAAAUUGCUGAAUUUCCAAAGUGCCGAAGUUCCGAAGUGCCGAAGUUCCGAAGUGCCAAAGUUCUGAAGCACAGUACUGCUUAAGUACUAAUAUACUUACCCAGUGGAAGAAUGAAGAAUGUUACACUGUAUCCAAUUUUAAAUAAAAAGUAUACAAACAUAGCCAGGAUUCAGCUGUAAGCAUUUGCAACACUUACAACAAUCAAGUAACAUACAUUCAUAUAAAAUGUAAGUUACUUAGCCUGUCAAUGUAAUGACAGGAAUGAAUAAGUAGAUAACUCCCUAAUUCUCACGGUAUUAGGGAGCUAUCUACUAAAAGGCUGAAAGGCCUCACUGGAAAAAAAAACUAAAUAAAAAUAUAUACCCCCCCCUGCCCCCACCCCUGAACGGCGAGUGGGGGCCCUAAAGAAGAAUAAGGAGGGGCACCUAUUGUCCUCCCCCUGGCCCCCACCCAUGAGUGGCAGGUGGGGGCCCUAAAGAAGAAUUAGGGGGGACCUAUUGUCCUCCCCCCGUCCCCCACCUCUGAGCGGCGGGUGGGGGCCCUAAUGAAGAAUAAAGGGGUGACCUAUUGUACUCCCCUCCAGGCCCCACUCAUGAGCGGCGGAUGGGGGCCCUGAGUUAGAAUAAGGGGGGACUUAUUUUCCUCCCCCCCGGUCACCCCCUCCCCCAAAAAAUAACCCCUACCUACCCCCCUCAUCCUGAAAAUAAUUAGGGGGGACCCUUAUCUAAAUACCUGUAAAAAAAAAUAAUAAAACUUACCAUUUGAUGUCUUCUUUCUUCUAAACUCUUCUUUUUUCAGCCCCCAAAAAAGGCCAAAUAAAAAUCCAUAAUAACCGAUGCACUUAAAAAAAAUAAAAUAAAAAAGAGUGCAAAAAAAUAAUCCAUCUUCACCCAUAGAGGGCUCCGCGCAGACUGAGAUCUGCAGGGCGGGGGAAAGCUGUGUAAUUUGACUCAUAACUCUCUGCUUAGUGGAUUGAAAGUAACCAAUCAGAGUGUUGUUAUGAGUCAAAUUACACAGCGUGGGAAAAUUCCAAAGAACUUUCCCACGCUGUGUAAAGUGACACAGAGCACUAUGAUUGGUGGAUUUCAAGCUAACCAAUCAGAGUGCUGUGACAGGUAAAAAAGUCUCUACUUACCUGUCAGUCUCUUCAUUUACCUGUCAGAGCACUCUGAUUGGAUGGCUUAAACCGACCAAUCAGAGUGCUCUGAGCCUAAUUGCAGGGCAGGGCAAGGCUUUAUAAGCCUUCCCCCGCCCUACGGAGCUCAGUCUGCGCGGAGCCCUCCAUAGGUGAAGGAUUUUUUUUUUUUUUGCUCGUUUUUUUUUUUUUUUUAAAGUGCGUCGGUUAUUAUGGAUUUUUAUUUGGCCUUUUUUGGGGCUGAAAAAAGAAGAGUUUAGAAGAAAGAAGACAUCAAAUGGUAAGUUUAUAUAUUUUUUUUACAGGUAUUUAGAUAAGGGUCCCCCCUCAUUAUUUUUAGGAUGAGUGGGGUAGGCAGGGGUUAUCUUUUUGGGAAGGAGGGUGACUAGGGGUUUGGGGGCCCCUAGUCACCGGGGGGAUACAUUUCUAUUUAGGGCCCCCACCCUCUGCUCAGGGGUGGGGGCCUGGGAAGAGGACAAUAGGUCCCCCCCUUAUUCUAAUUUAGGGCCCCCACCCACCGCUGAGGUGCGGGGGCUGGGGUUAGGACAAUAGGACGCCCCUUAUUCUAAUUUAGGGCCCCCAUCCACCGCUCAGGGUUGGGGGCCGGGUGGAGGAAAAUAGGUCCCCACUUAUUGACAUUUAGGGCCCCCACCCGCCGCCCGGGGUGGGGGCCGGGGGGAGGACAAUAGGUCCCCCCCCUUAUUGGUAUUUAGGGCCUCCACCCUCUGUUCAGGGAUGGGGGGCCAGGGGUUAAAUGUUUUUUUCAGGUUGUUUUUUUUUUUUACAGUGAGCAGCCAUAGGCAGUAUAGCGAGUAGGGGCAAAAUUUACUAAUACUAAGUAAUUUUUACUUAGUAUUAGUAAAUUUGGCUGAAAGACCAAUUUAGAUUUUUCAGCCUUUUGGUAGAUAGCUCCCUAAUACCAUGGGAAUUAGGGAGUUCUCUACUUAGCGACUGCAAUAAAAGUCCCGAAGUGCCGAAGUCCCAAAAUUCCGAAAUGCCGAAGUUCCGAAGUGCCAAAGUUCCGAAGUGUCAAAGUGCCGUAGUGCUGAACCGAACCGAAUGGCCGAAGUCCCGAAUCUCGGAAUGCCGAACCAAACCAAAAUUUUUCCCCAUGCACAUACCUAAAGGAUACUUAAUUAAGAAAGAAGGUUUUUUAAAGAAAAAUAUAUGAACAAACUAUCAGAUCUCUACAUAAUUCCAAUCAACUUUUAAAAAAAGUAGUAGCAUUACAGAGGUACAGGAUGUAAUAGAAAUGAAUAUAGUUAAGAAGGAAAUUGAAGAACAACUAAUUAUAAAAGCAAAUAAUAACAUACAAAAAUUGUAUUACUUAGGUAACAGAGCAGACUAGAUGAUGACCAACCAACUAAAAACAUAAUCUGAAGAACUGAAUAUUUAAAAUAUUUGAGAAGGAUAGACAUUAUAAUAGCCCAGAAGAAAUUGUGAAUGUGCUCAAAAUAUUGAGAAUCAGCUAAAAAGAUAUGGAACAAAUAAAACAAUAUCUAGAAGAAACUAAAUGUAAAAAAUUGUCUAGAGAACAAGCUAAUUGUUUGUAAGCCCCUAUUCAUAACUUAGAAGUCAUCAAGGCAAUUGCAAUUGCAAAAGGCACCAGGUCUUGAUGGUUUCCUAGCAGUGUUUUAUAAAAAACCUGUGGACAUUCUGUAACCAUAUAUGAUGGAUACUUUUAUUGAAGUCAGAGAUUUUGGAUCUUUUCCAAACAAAAUGAUGCAGGCUUUUAUCUUAACUAUACCAAAGGAAGGGUAAGACCCUACAAAAUGUCCUAACUAUAGAUUUAUAUCACUGAUUAAUAGAGAUACGAAAGUAUAUUUUGGCCAUAUUGGCGGAACGCUUAAAGGACCACUAUAGGCACCUAGACCACUUCAGCUUAAUGAAGUGGUCGGGGUGCCAGGUCCAGCUAGGUUUAACCUUUUUUUCUAUAAACAUAACAGUUUCAGAGAAACUGCUAUGUUUAUAAUAGGGUUAAUCCAGCUUCUAGUGGCUGUCUCAUUGACAGCCGCUAGAGGCGCUUCCGUGCUUCUCACUGUGAUUUUCACAGUGAGAAGACGCCAGCGUCCAUAGGAAAGCAUUGUGAAUGCUUUCCUAUGGACUGGCUGAAUGCGCGCGGCUCGUCCCGCGCAUUCGCAUUCAGCAGAGGAGGAGGAGAGUCCCCCGCCCGGCACUGGAGAAAGAGGUAAUUUUAACCCCUUCCACUCCCUAGAGCCUGGCGGGAGGGGGGCCUGAGGGUGGGGGCAACCUCAUGGCACUAUAGUGCCAUGAAAAUGAGUAUGUUUUCCUGGGACUAUAGUGGUCCUUUAAAGAAGAUUUGUCCAAUAUUAAUACAAAAGGACCAGCCCGGAUUUGUUAGCGAAAGACAAUCAAAUGAUACUACCAGGAAAAUCAUUUGUUUAAUAGAAUAUGUAUGUUCUAACAAAAUACUAUCGAUAUUUAUUUUUUUAGAUGCCGAAAAGACAUUUGACAAAGUCAGUUGGGCCUUUUUUAGAAGUACUUCUAAAUUUUGGAUUUGGAGAGGUAUGUACUGGCUCUGUCAGGGCCUUAUACACCAAUCCAACUGCGAGACUUAUUGGUCAAGGGUUGAGAUCAGAAUCGUUUAAUAAAUAUAAUGGCACCCGACAGGGUUGCCCCCUUGCUCCAAUGCUUUCUAUUUUAACAUUAGAGCCCUUUGCAGCAAGGAUAAGGAAUAAUAUACAUAUUAAAGGUAUUAAGAUCAGGGAUUUAGAAUAUAAACUCAGCAUGUAUGCCGAUGAUAUUAUGUUGUCUCUUUACGAUCCUGAGAAAUCUCUGGCUUCAUUACUAUAUGAAAUUCAGGAAUAUGGCCGCCUUUCUAACUAUAAAAUAAAUAUGAAUAAAUCCUAAAUAUUUGAUUUUUUUAAUAUCUGAUCUAGAUAAAGUCAUUAUGAGGGCAAUAUUUGAAUUCCAAUGGGGUAUGGAGGAGAUCACAUAUUUGGGGAUUAAUAUUCCAAAGAAUAUACAAUCAAUAGUCAAAGUGAAUUACUCAACUCUUUUUGAUGAAAUGAAUAGACAACUGGGGGGAGUGGAAAGGGCUGUUUAUUUCAUGGAUGGGAAGGAUAAACGUGAUUAGAUCAUAUAUAAUUCCAAAAUGGUUGUAUUUAUUAUGAAUGAUUCCACUGAAGUUGCCUUUAUGCUGGAUUAAAGCAUUUCAGGUAAAGGUUAACACAUUUAUAUGGAACAAUAAGAAACCCAGAGUAUCAAAAAACUCAUUUGCUCUAGCUACAGAAAGGGGGGACUAAAUAUGCCUAGCCUAGAACGAUAUGCAGAAGCGAGUAUGUUGUGCCACUUAUCUAAGCUUCAAUGUGAAAUAAGUAAGGACACAAUUUGGUUUUAUAUAGAACAAGAACUUGCAGGGGUGACUAACUUGGAAUGUGCCAUAUGGAUCCAUCUUGAAAAAUUGAAUAAACAACAAUGGUCAAUGGUGACUAAAAAUUGUAUGCAGUUUUGGAUUAAAUUUAAAAACCGUAUAGGUAUGAAAGAUAAUAUUCUGCCCUCUGCUCCUCUGGAUAUUCUUAAGGACAAUAUUCCACAUUUGAAUUUCAGUAAUUGGGCAAAUUUUACAUCUUAUAAAAUAAGCAAUUUUAUGUCUGAGGAGAGUAUUAAAACCCUGAUACAGAUCCUUAACAAAUAUGCAUUUAAAGUCUGAAUAUUUUAAUUCAUUUACAAUGUCAUUAUUUAAAAAGGCACAUUUAUAAUUACAAAAGUAAUAAACCCAAUCAUAAUAGUCUAGCUAUUUUGAAUAAUGCUGUUGUGAAAAAAAAUGGCUAGAUGGUAUAGAUUUCUAUAAGAUUUGGAUAAAACACAUAGCCUAAAUCCUUAUGAGAGUUGGCAAAGAGAAUUGCAAGUUCACCUAAAUAUAGAAGAAUGGAUAAAUAGUCUGGUCGGGGUCUAUAAGAUCAUUUACUGUUUAAAUAUGGUUGAAUUACAUUAUAAGAUCAUGAUGUGCUGGUAUUUAGUCCCAGUAAGAUUGGCAAAGUUUAAUGGGGGGAUGAAUCCAACAUGUUGGAGAUGUAAUGAAGCAGUAGGAACUUACCAACAUAUAUGGCGGAGUUGCAACAAAAUCAAACAAGUAUGGAGUGACAAUUUUGGUAUUCUCUCCAAUAUUACUAACACCAUAAUUCCACUAUCUAUUCAAAGAGCCCUUUUUUCAUAUGGAAUUAGAAAUGCUGUCAAGAAAUGAUAGAGCUUUAUUUAUACAGGGACUACUAGCAGUAAAGAUUGUUAUAGCUAGAAAAUGGUGGCAAAAUUAUACAAUAAAGAUAGAUAACGUAAUUAACGAGAUGAAAAAUCAAGCCCAAAUGGAAAGAGGAUACUUCGCUGCACAAUCUAAUCAAUUUGAUACUUGCCCUAACACUAUUACUUCAUCCUUAAUUAUACGAAAGGAACUAAAGUCGGCCCGCUCAUCACAUCACGCUCACAUGUUUGUUUGUUAAUUUAGUAUGUUUAGUUUUUUUGGUUAAUGUAGUCUUCUGUGCGAGACAUGUGUUACAUAGAUAUGCUGGUAUAUAUGCAUUAGCUUAAGUAUUAGUAACUAUUGAUACAAAGGAUUUCCAUUGAGGGAUUUAUAUAUAUAUUUGACCUAAUCUUGGCUGUAAUAGAUAUAAAAAUGUCAUUGCAUAAGUGAUACAUGCCUCUGUUUUAAAAUUUAAAUAAAGAAACAUUAUUUAUUUUUUUUAAAUACACCUCUGCAUCAAUGGCCAACACUACACACAAAUUCAAAUGCCAACACUACAUGCAAACACACCACUAAAUUCACUCUCACAUACUCCAUACAAAAACAUACUUACAUUCAAGCACACAAACACUGCUCAGUACUACAUACAACUCUGCAAGGAUGUGCAAAUGAUGGAUCCCCAGCUGGCAAAGUAUUGUGUUAGUUGUAUGACGACGGGAAUCUACCUUUUGUUGACACUUGCGAUAGAGGAGACACAAAAAAUAAUUCUUGCACCAUGUCCCUCUCUACAUUAGUUCUGCCACUGGGGUAGACAAACUGCAGCACUCCAUCUCCCCUGAUGCUUUGUCAGCAUUACAGCUGUAAGAACAUUAGGGGAGAUGUAGUCCACAACAUCUAUAAUGCCAAAGCUUGCAUACCCAUAAUUCAUGGCUACAUACUGAAAUUCAACACAAGUAACUGGAAAAUUUCAACAGAACAUAUUUGAAAAAUAGCUUUUGGUAAUGUUAUAUCACAAUGCUGCAUGCGUCUUUAUGUUAUCAGCUUGCAUAUAUCAGCAGUGUAUGGAUGUGGAUGCUAAUACAAUUACAUCAUAUUCAGAAUACAUAAGUAGCAUAACUACAAGAUACUGGUGUCAAAAAUAUUUCAGCAAUUAACGAUACCAAUACCAAUUGGCAAUACCUACUGGUAAAGCUCCGGAACCUGAUAGUUUUACUAUGAUAUAUCAUAGGUCUUUCUUUGGUAUAUUGACACCAUACUUAACUAGAUUAUUUAAUAAAUAUUAAACUACAGGUGUAAUGCCAGAGGAGGCUUUAUAUGCACAAAUAAUAGCACUACCCAAACCUGGUAAAAAUCCUACAACUUGUCAAAAUUAAGAUAUGUGUAUAAACAAAAAGACUACCCAAGUGCAGCGAUAUAUUAGGGAUAAAGAUUAAUUACUGCCCUUUAAAUCUAGGCUGUAACAAAGGAUUCCUCAAAUCCUCACAAACAGAUACACAAAACAAGAUACACCUAGAAAAAACAAAAGCAGAGAACGCUCAUAGGGAAACACCGCUUAGUAGAGAUGUUCCUGCUGUAAAUAUUGCACUCACAGAAUAAAGGAGUAGUUCAAGCCCAUCAAUGUAUCUUUAGAUCUUGCAAUGAAAUUCUUCAAGGGUACAUGCAGAAGGAAGAAGAACUGGACAUAGUGUGAAAUCUUAAUAAUAUAAAAAGCACACUUUAAUUGACACACUUACAAAAAGUAGAAAAUAAAAAUGCUCAUCAAAGGUGUGUGUUUCUCUCUCCAAGAUGGUGAAUGGAAGGAGUAGGUUACAGAAAUUGUAGGCAGCUCAAAAAAAAUAAAUGUAUGUACAUUUAUCUUUUUAUUUCUACUUAAUGCAUGUUUAUAAUGUUUUUAACUUUUUAAAGUUUAAUGAGAAAACAAUAAAGUAAAUUGAAAUUACCUUUACUAGUGAUUAAUGAGAUCCUUGAGGUUGAUGCUGCAAGACUAAAUAUUUGAUAUCUGGUUCGAUUUUCAUAAGGAACAAACUAAGGUCUCCUCUUUCGGUAAUAUUCAGAUGACUUCUCUGUUUACGCAUAAUAUGAUUUCUCAUUUGUGCGUCAGCUCCCUUCCUCUCCCUCCUCAAUUCCCCUCCCCACCUUUUUUUUCCCCUUUUUUAAAAUUUUUUUUUUAACCUUCUGUAACCGAUCACCUGGCACCCCAACUGGGUACCUCCGUUGAAGGAUGCUCCUAGCGCUUCCUGAGGACUCCAAGCACUGCAGCAGACACCACAACCACCCAACCGGAGAAGCAAACGAAUGCUCUCAAGCAUAUAAAUGCUGUAAACAGCUGAACAGGAAAAGCAUACAAUCAGCUUACACUCCUGGCAAUCAACAUACAAAGACAAGACACACAUACAUACACACAUAUAUACAGACAGACAUACACACAUAUAUAUACAGACAGACACACGCGCACACACACAAGACACAUACAAAGACACACAUACAUACAGACACAUAAAUACAGACAGACACACAAGACAUACAUACAAAGACACAUACACACACAACACAUACAUACAAAGACAAGACACACAUACAUAUACACACACAUAUAUACAGACAGACACACACAUAUAUACAGACAGACACACACACACACACACACAAGACACAUACAAAGACACACACAUACAUACAAAGACACAUACAUAAGACACACAUACAUGCACACACAUACAGACACAUACAUACAGACAGAAACACACAAGACAUACAUACAAAGACACAUACACAAACACACACAAAAUAUUUUAGUCACCCUCCUGUUUCCUACAUUUUAGGUGCAGGAUGGUGACUUUCCCUGGGGUCCAGUGGUGGCUCAGGUGGAUGGGAGUCAGAGUUCCUACUCUGACUCCCUCCUCCUUCCUCCCGUGUGGUCUGUGUGUUAGCUGGGAGGAGUGACGAGCAGUCACUUCCUCCCAGCAUGUGAUGUAAUCAAAGGGGGCCGGUCGCACUGUUAAAGCGCCCAGCGCUGAUCGGGCCCCCUCACAAACCACAUCCAUCGGGUGGCCCUGACAGCAUGAGCCACCCGAUGGACCCCUCCAUACGCGGCCCCGGCGGUUUGCCGCGCGGGCCGGGGCUGCAAGAGGUGAGGGCGGUACCCGGUCGCAGGGUACCGUGGCUCACACCCGCCCUUCCGCCCACGCAAUCUCUAAAAUUAGAAAAUCCCACAUGGAAUCCUGAAAACGCCCGCUAGUGGGUGGUAGGGACCAGAUUGACGACCCAUGCUCUAAACAAUGGUCUACAGAUCCUGCAGGCAUACCAUUUAAUAUCUUUACAAAUAUGGUUUUAUCUAGUACUGCAUUUAUUAUGUAGCAUCAAUUUAUAACAUUUUUUGGAAGAGUUCCUAACUAGUUUGUAGUUAGUGAAAAAAAUAUUGUUUUAAUCUAAUGUUUAAGCUCAUAUGCUAGAGUAACACAUGUAAAUUGAUCUGCACCAUUAUUAUUGUAUAUCGAAUUUCAAAACAUUUAGAAACUCUAUCCCCUUUUUUUUCACUUCCACUAUGUUCAAGGCACCAACAAUGAAACUAGAUAUGUUGAGUAUAAUGUGAUUGACAUUUUAGAGCUGUCAAAAAUACAUCACAUCAUAUAUACUAAUAUAUUUUUACAUAAUGGAAUACAUACUGUACUAAUUAAUAUGCUGUUAAACAAUAUCCUGUUACUAUUGAUUUAACAUGUAUGCAUGACAUGAAGGAAUAGAAAAGGCCACUGGCUGAAGACAUGAACUUCUUCCUUGAAGGUUUUUUCGUGAGAGCUGCUAUUUUUCUGAAAAGAUCUCAUUACUAAUCAUGGCUUAGAAAGCACAACCACAAUUGUACAAAUCCCUUCAGCCCAUAAGACAUCCAGUUGCAAAAUGUGUCACUUAGAAUCAAGCAAGUGGGAUUUUUCAAAGUACAUCUCAGACAGAACAUUGUAAACUCAAAAUUCAGCUGACAAAGUGUGUGUCACUUUGCACCUCUGCUGCUUUUGAAUUUUAUAGACUGAUAUGAGAUUGCAUGUCAUGUAUUACACAAAAUUACUGACAUUACAACUAUGACAGCUCAUAUUUGCCUCCAAAUAAAAAGACUGGGAAUUUAGGGGAAAUAGAUCAGUUGUUAAACUUAUAUAAUAUAUAAUGAUAUACAGAAAUUUCUAUCAUGGAAGAAAAACCUCUAACAAGCAUUCACUGCUUCUGCAGUCAGACAUACUCAGUUUUACAUAAGUUAGACCAAGGGAAUCCUGGUAGACUCACUAUGCUCAAUUUAUGUGCAGACAAUUGUCUCUCAAUGUAGGAACCAUCCAAAAAAAUGCACAUUCACUGGUCUCUCCACUGAUUCUCUCCCGCAGAAGGCAGAGAAUAAAAAGAUCAUAUACUAUAUAUUUUUUAGCAUUUCAGCUGAGUUGGAACAACUUUCUUUGAAAAAAAUAUGUUUUUAUCUAUUGGUUUUUUCCAUGUUUAGUGACACUUUAAGUGCUUUAAACUUGCUUAAUAUCAUGUAGUGCAAGGGUAGGCAACCUUCGCCACUCCAGAUGUUUUGGAGCAUCACCUCCCAUGAUGCUUUGCCAGUAUUAUGGCUGUAACAGCAUUAUGAAGAUAUAGUCCACAACAUUUGGAGUGCUGUAAGUUGCCUACCACUGGUCCAGUCUUAUAUAAUGUAGGAAAAUAGCAGCCUGCUCUCUGUUCUCCUGUAACUAUAACACCACUAAGAUGGAGGGAAAUGGAGAGAGAAAGGAGGAAAUGGAAAAUUAAAAUUAGGGAAUGGAGAGAAACAUGGGAAAAGGGGCACUGGAAAAUCCACAAAGAGAAACAUGGCUAUACAGUUCUCUAAGAGUAUUGUGACAAACUGGACCUUGUCACAGGCUCUUGGAGGGGCAUACUUGCCAGCCUCUUACCCUGUGACUAUAGCCCCUGUGAUAAAACUUGGUUUAGAUCACUGUGUGUGCCCUUUUGGACUUAUGAAGCAGCAAUUCGAAUUCCCAAAGCAAUUUGAAGUGGCACUUCAAAUUACCGAACAACCGCAUGAACCAGAGACCACCCUGGAGCUUGUUAACACCUAUAAACAACUUGGAAUGUUUCUCACCGCAGUGUUCUAAUUGUUCAUCUGGGUGGCCGCAAUUCCCAUGAACAACCACGAGGUUGCGGUCAUCUUGCUUGCGUGAAUGUAGGCAGCUGUGUUUGAAUCUCCUGGAACUGAAAUCGGAUCCAGAAACUCCCGAACACCGCUGGACUUCCAUCAUCGCCUGCGUUUGUUUCUAUAUAAGUUUGAAGGGCACUGUUCGGUGGGAUCAUUUGUCUAGAUCAAGGGAACAAGCCCCAGGUUAAGACUAUUGACUCUGUUCAGUAGUUUGUUCGGUUUCAAACUAUCGAACUAGACUGACCGGAAGCCGUGAUUAUCUGGAACUGUUUUGGGCAUGGGACCAUGCCUGCGGUCUGUCAAAUACAUGACUUCAAUAGAAUUCAAGAACCCCUGAACUGAUCUGGGUGAUUUAUGGAUAUGCUGGUCACCCAGAUCAGGGCUAUCAAUGUGGGGAUGUUAUGUGUUUUAAGGUAUUUUGAGGGUUUUUUUUUAAAAAAAUUGUGUUUUUUGUAUUUGGAGAUAAUUGAGUUUAGUAUAUUGCUUGACUCAAUUAUCUCCUAAGUAAAAGGGAAGGCUUAUUGUAUUGUAUGUAUGAGUGCCUUAGAUUGUAACUCUGUUAUCAUUGGUUUGUAAGUUUUGUGUCCCCAACAAGGUCCAUGUGGGCAUACCCCUUGCUUGGGGACUUGCAUAAAAGGGCCAGUGUGGCACCAUUAAAAUUCAGUUCCUGCUUACUCUCAACACAGAGCCUCGUCUCGUGAUUGAGGGAACCGCUAUACGCUCUCCCUCUAUGUAUAAAAUGAUUUUUAUAUUUAUCUCUUUCUCUGUGUAUGAUCAAUUAUAUGGACGAUAUACUAUAUACAUUUAAAGCACUUCCAGGUACCAGAGUGCAAGAUGGAAGGCACAUUGGAACACAUAACAAGCAAAACAGGAAGUGAGAUCACAUUCAAUCCAAAGAGAGGCUUGGAACACAUGAUCAACCAGAAAGAAGGAAAUGAAAACUUUGAGCAACAUCUGGAGGAGUUUUACAAGUAAUCAACAAGGUAUAAAACGAAGCAUAGAGGACAAUGGAGUCUUAUCAACCGGACUGAGGAAGCCACAAAACAGCGAAAUGCGUUUCUAGACUACUAAUACUAGACUCUAAUAUACCAUUAGGUAUUUGACUGCAUUUAAAAAAAAAAUAAUGUUUUUAUAUAUUAAUGUUAAUAUAUAAACCAUUUGGGAUCAUUACCCAUCCAUGACCACAUAGAAGAUAAAAAAUGUUUAGCGAUCAGACAAAAAAGACUUAUAAUGUGAAGUCAUAUACAUAUGACAUAUUCUCUAAAAAACAUAUUCUCUAAAAACUAUUGAUAAUGCACUAUAAGUGGAAUAUAUAAGCAUAUAAGUGGUUGAUUAAAAGAUAUUGUACAUUAAUGCAUUUUAACCAAUAGGUUAUUAUUUGAAUAUCAAACUUCAUGAUUUUAUAAGCUUUCCAAAUGAUUCAAUAUAGUUACAAAAUAUUUCCAAAUGAUUUAGGUGCAAACAUCUAAAUCUUAUUUGCAAAAAAUGCCUGUAUAUCGUUGAGUUUGUAUCUGUGCCUUAUUAUGUAUUUUUGAGUACAUAAUGGUGUGUGUUUCUGUAGAUAACUGUAUCUUUAUGGGGGGGGUUUGUUUCUGUAUGUUUUGUUUUCUGUCUCUUUGCUUUUAAAUAUAUAUGGGUAUUUGUCUGUAUAUGAGUAUGUCUGUAAUUUUUUGUAAAUAUUAACAAUUCCAUAAGUGUAAUUGUAUCAGCUUACAUUCUGCUUUGUUUUUUUGCUUUUUGUUAUGUUUUCUGUUUUUUUUUUGUAAUUCAUUUACCCCUUUUCCAGUGACUCACAGACACCACUACCUAGGGUUCAGCACAGAUAUUAGAUCUUACUAUUUUAACCACUCAACCAGGUUACACCAGGCACCAAGAAUACACCAAUUUGUUUCUUUCAAAACAGUGAUUUUUAUUCAGAAUGAAGCCCAUGGCACAUGGUAUAAAAACUGCAGACUCUCUUUGGUUGCAGUAGUAAUUCCCAGCAAAAUAAGUCACCGUAGUCCAUUCAUAUACUAGCUACUCAAUGCAUAUUUUAUAUUCCUCUAUCAAAGCUUGCUUGUCCUCUGAUAAUCCAUCUGCUGACAAUAAGGUUGCCUCUGUACCCCAGUGAAAAACCUGAAAACAACUCAACCUGGCAAUGAUCAUCUGAUGACAAUAUGGCCUAACCUCUACUCUAGCACUGAUGUCUAUGUCUAUAUAUAUAUGUAAAAAACAGAUAAAAUUCUUAUCUUGUAAUACCUUAUUUAUUGGACUAACAGAAUUUUUUAAUGACAAGCUUUCGGGGGAACCUCCCUUUCUCAAGUCUGAAGCAUUUCUGAGCAAAACGACACAUAGAAUUCAAAGUUGAGUUGUGAUACAGGGGUUAAAGCGACAUGAGUGUAGAUAAGACACAGGUUUGUUAGAAAUUAGACACCAUCUUAGGGAGGUUCUCCCGAAAGCUUGUCAUUAAAAAAUUCUGUUAGUCCAAUAAAUAAGGUAUUACAAGAUAAGAGUUUUAUCUGUUUUUUACAUCUACAUCACUGGACUAAUACGGCUACAAUCUCUACUUGAACUCUAUAUAUAUAUUUAUAUAUAUAUAUAUAUAUAUGUAUAUAUAUAUAUAUAUAUAUAAAACACAAGAUCCAGUGCACUCACCUAUCCACUAAACAGCAACUUCAAUGUUGAAUGAUUUUAUUAGUUUUUUUAAAAAACACCUAAUCUAGGCAAAAAUAAUGGGGGUUUAGUUACAUUAUGUGAUCAUACAUUGCAUAAGCCUGCCACAACGUCAAUGUACCCCAUCUUUGGCAGGUCCUACACUAACAGCCUAAUGUCUGCUCUUAUGAGAUUAACCACUUACUUGAGGAAAGAAAAUUUAUCUGGGGCUCUCUGCACUACAAGGCUAAAUAGGGCCCUGGGAUGAGGAACCUGUGACAGGGAGGGGUGCAAAACCAGGGAGUUGGCUAGACUCCCAAAUAUAUAUAUAUGAAGCAAGCAGAGAUGGGGGGUUGGCUGCACUGACCUGAACUUGUUUCAUAUAUAUAUAUAUAUAUAUAUAUAUAUAUAUAUUUUUUUUUUUAGAAAUUAUUGUAAAUGUUUAUCAAAAUAUAGUCUCUGUAUUUGUCUCUGGGUAUGAAUAUGCUUUGUGUGUUUAUGUGUGAGUGUGUGUGUGUAUAUGUAUCACUGUAUAGCACUGUGUGUAGUAUGUAUCACUGCUAUAUAGUUGCAUUAGCAUGUCUGAAUGGCUGUGUCUGUAUAUAAGUAUACAUGUUUCUGCAUGAAAAAAAUAUAUUUGUUUCAGGUACAUAAAGUUUUGCUUCAGUCUCAGGCCUUUCUUAGUUCUGGAACUUAGCAGUACUGUAUGUAAUAGAGAGAUAGGAUGUGUUUUUUUUACAUAAUACUCCCUUGUGCCAGUUUAUUUUUUUAAUAAACACAGAUUUAACAUUACACUUUGAGUCAUCAUUUUCAAUCUUAUCCUUCUUGGAAUAAGCUCCCUUCUCACAUCCAAAUAACUUAUCUCAUUUUGUUAAUUUGCACUUGAUAUGUAUGGCUUUUAUUUAGAUUAGUAAGUUAUUAUAUAUGUAACUUGUCAUAUAAGAAAAAUGAAUUGCUAUUUUUUUGCCUCUUUUUUAUUAUUUUUACUUUGCUCAUCUCAAAAUGUUUCAUGUCUUGAUAUAGAUUUACAUGCUUAUUCACUAAAUACAACAAAAAACGGCCAUAACAAUUAGGUGCUCUAAGGAUUUCUAACACAAAUAAUAACAUGUACAUCUCAUACAUUUUUGUUCUUGGUUAUUUCUUCCAGUAAAUAAUGGUUUUAUUAUUUUUAAUGUGUUUAUCAGCAACAGGCAAAAUGCCAACUCCGACUCAGGAUAUUCAAUCCACCUUUCAACAAAGUUUGCCUACUGGGCAAGAUGAGUUAAUAUUGCUUCAAGAGAAGGUUAAGAUGGGCAUUCUAAGCAUGGACGAAGCUCUUCACAAAUUUCAGCUGUGGCAGAAUGAAAAGACUAGCUUAGACCUUCUUCAAAAGGUACCUUAACCAGUUAAUUACUAUGCACCACUUCAACUUAGCAGAAUAAUUAUGAUUAAAGGAAUACUCUAUUAUUAGCAAUACAAACAUAUACUCUUAACGUGAGAGCGUAAUACUAGCUAGAUAGAUUAUUGCCCCAGAAGUCAUAAAAUAAAGCUAUUUAUUUACCUUUUUUCCUACAGCACACUAUUUUAAAAUUAAGAUAAAAAAUACAAGCGGAUAUACAAUCAUUUAGCAAUUAUUUGUAGAUUCUAUUAGGAUGAGUUUUCUUCUUAAGAAUUAAUUGAUACGGUACUUUUAUUUUCACAACCUACAGUGAUACAAUAUUUGGGUAUAUAAACUUAAGAUGAAUAUUUGCCAUCAUUAUUAGAAUCCUACCAAUAGUUACACAAGGCAUGUAAGUAAAUAUACUUAAUCCAAUGUUUCUUUAAAACUUUAGAAGAAGAUACGGCAGUUGCGUGACAGCAUUAUUGGUGACAAGCCAGAAGAUGAAAAGCUUUAUGGUAAGAUAUGCCAAUAAAAUUCAAUUAACAAUAUUUGUAGAACACAUAGUGGGGUAAUAAUAUAAAAAAAAAUGCAUUAAGCCAUUUUAACUAAGGUAAAACUAAAGCAUUGAGAUACUCUGUUAUAUGCAAUCACUGACCAAGACUUUAGAAUAUCUAAGAACAUUAGUCAAAGGUCACAGCAGAUAAGAAUUUAAAGCUUGACAAGAACUAAAGUAGUUUGUUUCUUCAAAAUGGGCUUAGCACAGUUUCCCACUCACCUCACAGACAAUUUUAGGAAGUACAAUAAAUAAAUAAUGAAACAACAGAUAUAACUAUCUAAAACACAAGUUGGAGUACUUAAAAAGUGAUUCUAAUUACUCUUACAACCAAAAGUAAUUGGGGUGGUAUACACAAUCCAGUAUGUACAUAAGAAGUAGUAAAAAAAAAAAUCAUACUUUUCUGCUGACUUUAAAAAUUCCUGACUGUUUUGUACCAUACUAAGGCAUGAACUAAAACUAGGCCUAUCAAGUUGGCCUCCAAUUUCAAAACCAUAUUAUCUUCAGCUUUCUUAUAAUUCCAAUUUAACUAUAUAAAUUUCACAUAAAUGUAUUUCCUGUUUCCUGUUUCCAUGUUGUAAAUCAAGAUGUCCAGCUUACACUUUCCACUUGUAAAUUUAUCAGUACUAUUAUUCAAUACCGUGACAUGAACUACAACCUUGAUACAGCACUCUAGUACAUUAUAAAAGUGCUUGAAAUUAAUCACACAAAGAAAAAAAAAUAUUUUAGAAUGUCCAUUGGAUUUAAUAUUAUGGAAGAAAAAAUAUUCCAGUUGUAGAAGCUGAGUUUCCGCCCACAUAAUGCAAAUUAGCCAAGAGAAUAAAAAUGGCUUUUAGUGCAAUGUUCUCUUUCAAAAUAGUUCCAAAGGUAGUUCAUUCCUCUAUAAAUGUUACAGAUAAAAAAGCAUUUAACAUUCGUAUAUGUAAAAUGAAAAAUAUAAUCUAAAUGACAUAGAUGUGACAAACUAUUUUGUUUUUUUAUUAACAGACAAAAUUACUAUUGUUCAUCAACCAAAUGGUGAGUAUCUUACAUCUAUUGCAUACGAUAAGAUGAAAUAAGCUAGUGAAUAUCCUUAAUAACAAUAGCAUUUGGUAAAGAAAUUUUCAUAAAGCACACAAAAAUGACUUUGUCCUAGAUUUAGCUAGCUCAAAUCAUAGCCAUUUCUAUCAUGGUGUAAUGGUGAGCUUGAGAAUUUUACAACAUUUACUAAACGUACAGUAAGUUUUAACUCAUAUCCAAAAACUAAACUUGUACUGAGUUCAUAAAUUCAUGUGUUGGCUAUCAAUUUAAGCAAAACAGAACAAGUGAUAAGAAAUCAUAUCCGUCAACUCUUUAAUUAAUCUACUCUUUUUUUUUUCUUAAUUUUUAAUUUUAAUUAGGAAAACAUUUGCCUGUAUUACAGACACUAAAUAAUCAUUUUCUUGCUGCUUGUGUUUAUAUUAAUGACCCUAUCUUGAAAUAUUGUGUUAUGGAUUUUCCUUCAACGUUUUAUUGACACAACAAGGUUCAUCCCAUCCAAAAAGCUGACUAAUUAACUGCUUCGAACGAUAAAUCAAGGUUGCCAUUGACACAUUUCUGUUUUUAAUCUGGAGAAGGAAGCUGUAGGAAGGCACGGAGGGAUUUCCACAGGUCUUCUUGUCAUGCUUAUAGAUGGAUAAAAAGAUACAUAAUACACUUAAUGAAUGAUAUCUAAUCCAUAUUGAUUUAUGGGGAACUUUGUAAACUGGCUGAGUCAGAAUAUGUGGAAAUCUCCUAUUCACAGACAAUAGAUGGAUCUGUCCAUGUGACAUCUUACCCCAUCUAUUGUGCUUUAUGUGCAGUUUCUCAAUGCUUUAUGCAGGUGCCACAUUUGCAUAGUAAUAAUGUUCCAGUAAAAUGCAGCUGUAACAACAUGGUUCAUGGAAGCCAUGUUACUGGCAAUCGCAAAGAUGCAUUACGAUGGUUAAUAAAUAUUCUUUAUGAUUUUCCAUUCAGUACAUGUUUGUCUGCAUGAACUUCUCCAACAGUUUUACCAUUUUAACGGUAAUGCUUAAUGGCCCCUGGAAAUGACCCCUGCAUGAUAGACUGUGCAAAGGCAGGCUCUCAUUAUUAUUAGCAUUUAUAUAGUGCCAAGAUAUUCCCCAGUGCUUUACAAUUAUAGAAUGAGGAUAUUUCACAACAAGUAAUUGACAUACAAAAUAAUAUUAACAGAGACAAGACGUGAAGAAGGCUCUGAUCAAACAGGCUUACAAUCAAUGUGCCUAAAAUGUGUUAUUAGGCUUAUAACUCUGAUCAAAACAUCCAGCUUUUUUAUUUUGUUUAGUUUACUAUUCUUAUAUAGUUUUCUUAUCCAGAUAAAAUUUACAUAGAUUAGCAAAUUAUACAAUGAUUAAUAUUAACAUUUUGAGACAGCUGUUGAGUUUUGUCGCAGUCAUUAUAAUGUAAAGAACAAUCACAGUAAAUUAUUGAGCAUACAAAUAAUAACAAAGUUACAUAUAACUAAUUAUAGAACAGCAACGUUCCAUUGAAUUAUGGUUUCUAUCUCUCCUCAAUAAAACUGAUGGAGUUUCAGUUGGAGAGGUAGUAUUUAGGGUGCGGUUUACACUGGUGGAGAGAGAGAAAUAUUCAGAAGGGUACUUUUUUAAUUGAUUAUUACAUUUAAAAUAAAGGGACAUGCAUAACUUGCCAAGUAUUUUUUUAUACCAGCAAGCAAACACUUUUAACCCCUUAAGGACUGGACUGUUUUUGCGAUGUUGUACAUUUGCGACCAGGCCUCUUUUUACACUUUUGUGGUGUUUGUGUUUAGCUGUAAUUUUCUGCUCUCUCAUUUACUGUUCCCAUGCAAAUUAUGUAUUGGUUUUUUUUCAGGACAAAAGGGACUUUCUUUACAUACCAUUAUUUAUAUAAUCUCAUGUAAUUUAAUUAAAAAAAAAAUGUUUUUUGACUUUUACUUGAAAAAUCUUUUACUCAUCUAUAACAAAAGCGAAUGAAAAAAACUGCUAAAUAGAUUCAAAAUUGUGUCCUGAGUUUAAAAAUACCCAGUGUUUACAUGCAUUUUGCUUUUAUUUUGCAAGUUAUAGGGCUAUAGGUACAAGUAGGAUAUUGCGGUUUCAAAACAUACAUUUUUAAAAUUAUCAAUAGUCACAUUGUAACACUAUUAUCUGUCAUAAAUCUCUGAAUAACACCCCACAUGUACAUAUUUUUUUUAAAGUAGACAACCCAGGGUAUUCAAUAUGGGGUAUAUCCAGUCUUUUUUAGUAGCCACUUAGUCGAAAACACUGGCCCAAGUUAACAUUCAUAUUUGCUUGUGUGUAAAAAAAAGUAAAAAACUAAAUUGAAUGCUAAUUUUGGCCAGUGUUUGUGACUAAGUGGCUACUAAAAAAGACUGGACAUACCCCAUUUGCAACACUUUGGGUUGUCUUUUUUUGCAAAUGGUAUGCCAUCAUGGGGGUAAUUCUCAUCCCUGGGCUACCAUACACUCUCAAAGGCAUCGUAACCAACCUGGCCUUUUUCAAUGUAAAAAUAUUUGACCCAUUUAUUUGACCUUGUAACUUUCAAAAACGCUAUAAAACCUGUAGAUGGGCUGUACUGUUAUACUCGGGAGACUUUGCUGAACACAAAUAUUAGUGUUUCAAAACAGGAAAAUGAAUCACAACAAUUAUAUCAUCAGUAAAAGUGCUGUUUGUGUGUGAAAAAUGCAAACAAAAGUCACUUUCACUGACAAUAUCAUCGCUGUGAUAUGUUUUACUGUUUUGAAUCACUAAUGUUUAUGUUCAGUGAAGUCUCCCGAGUAAAUUAAUACCCCCCAUGUACAGGUUUUAGGGUGUCAUAGAAAGUUACAGGGUAAAAUAUAGUGCUAGCAAAUUAAAUUCUUUGGACUUUCGGCCUGGGUUGGCAGGCCGGUCCCUCAAAUUGCAAUCAAUAAAAUUACUUAAUUAUGUAAAAAUAUUACAUAAAUACGCAAGUAGAAUUUAAAUAUAUAUGCAUAUUUAUAUAUUUGAAGUCUACGUGUAUAUUUAUAUAAUUAUUUAUGUAAUUUUGUAAAUGGACAUAUGUAUAUUUUGAAUUAUUUUGAUUUAUUUAUAUAUACAUAGAUAUAUAUACAAUUUCAUUCUAAGUGUAUUUUUAUAUAAAUAUAUAUAUAUAUUACUAUCAAAAUACAGUUAGAAUAACAUUUCAUAUAGAUAUGUAUAUUUUUUAAAAUUUUUAUUGUUAUUUUUACAUGUUUUUAUUUCAUUUAAAUUACUUAUUAUUUGUAUUUUAUAAUAAUAUUUAUAUACAAUAUAUAUAGUUAUUAUAUAUAUUAUAUAUAUAUACGUGUGUAAUUUAAUUAUAAAUGUAUUUUUAUAUUAAAAUAUGUACAUAUAAAUAUAAAAAUACACUUAGUAUGACAUUAUAUAUAUGAUAUAUAGACAUAUAUAAAUAUAAUAUAUGUCUAUAUAUCAUAUAUAUAUACACAUAUAUAAUUUUUUUUUAAAUUAACUUUAACUUCAGUUUUUUUUAUGAUUUGUGACUAUUGUUGAACGAUCACAUGGCCCCAGGGGUCCUAAUCCGCCAUAGGGGGACUGUCUGGGCUGCAGGCAGUCUCCCCACAACGGGAGCAACACCGAUCGCCGUCAGGGGAACGACGGUGAUCGGGUAAGUACAUUGGACCGUUAGGACGGUUCAGGACCAUCACCGAUUGGCAACGCAAAAAUGCCGAUAACGGUCCUGAACCUUCGACGGUCCUGAAGGGGUUAAACAAAUAUACAAACCAAAAUAAAGCAAACAAAAUUUAAUAAACAUCUAUACACUUACUAUAAACUUGGUCAGAUUGCAUUACUAGGCACAGCUCUCAGCUAGGGAAGUUUCUUCAGGCUCUUACCAAUCUCAGUUACAGACCAGUCCACUAAUGAGAGAAACAUGACAUCAUUUUUCAACAGCAGGAGAGAGAAACCCAACACUGAAACCUAGUUUGCAUGAUCACAUUGAUCAGACUUUCUUUAAAAUUUCCUUUUAAUGCAUUUGCACUGUGAGGAAAAAAAAUAUAUAAUUUGAGCGAAAGUAUAGCAGAAACAUAUACCUGCACAUUUCGCACUUUAAAGGACUUCUAGGCCACCUUUCUAGAUGCCCAAAUAAAAUUUCUUUUAAAAACUGUUAUAGUAAUAUAUCAAGCAAAUUAGUACUACAUCUAUGCCUUAUUAAUUGAAAGAUGUGGUACGUUAAAUAUUCUGUAUAUUUGUUACGGUGGCAUUUUGCACAUAUUUAAUAUGUGCUGUGCAAAAAUACACAACAAGCACAGUUUUCUAUUUACUAAAUAAAUCCCAAAGUUUUAGCUAGGCAAAAUUCAGUCUGUAUACCAACAUCUUUAAUAGGAACACUCCAAGCACUACAACCACGACAGUGGUUAUAGUGCCAGUAAUCCCCAUGGUGCCAUCCCUUCUUAAUCUGUCAAACUAUUUUGUCCAUGAUGCGAACUCCUCAUUGGCUGAGGGCAAUCAGCUGACAUGUCCCGCCAAUUGGGAACCUGCGCUAAAAUAUUGUGAAAGAGUAUACUGGUACAACACCAGGGCACCUCUGGCACUAUAACUGCUACAAUGGGUUGCACUGGUUGUGUUGUUUGGAGUAUUCCAAAUUAUCUUAUUGUAUGUAAAAAAAAUAAUAAUAAAUAUGUGAUAUGUAAUAUCACAAGUGUUUUGCUGUUUUUUUUUUCAGUGCUGCCUGCAACACAAAGAAUGCAGUCUAAGGACUUAGAUAAUAGCAUAUACCAAAGACCCUUCAACCCUGCAGUAAGUGAUUUAUUACAUUAAAUAUAUAUAUAUUUCGGCACUAAUUGUUGGUCAGAUUACUCACAGGGAAUAAAUACUUGAGAAAGUGUAUAGUUAUUAGUCCAGAUUGGUAUGGUUUUAUUUCAGAUGCACAUCUUACAUAACACAUUUGUUGGAACAUUUUAGCAAUUAUGUGUCGUUUAGGGACAGCAAGUAAUAAUAAAGAGGAAGUGAAAGGAUGAUAAGUGACAGUGAUGAUUCAUUUACAAUGUUACCCAUCUCCUUGGGAUUUAAACAAAAGGCAGUCAGUUGUGGCGAGCUGACAUCUGAGAUGCGAAAUAUAGGCCAGACAAGUUUGAAAAAAACUCAACACCACUUAAUUAUCUUGUUACUAUCCCUUUGUAAAAUUUGUCUGUAAUGCUGUACAUUUGAAAUAAAUACUAUAAUAGGAUUUUACCCAUCUCUUAAGUGAAUAAAAAUUAACUUACAUUUAUCAGUACCAGUUUUUUCAAUCUAGCUUUAAAAAUAAAAAACAGACAUAAUGAAGAAGUCCACCCAUGCAGUUGUCCUGAUUAGAUGCUAAGAUCAAUACUCGUCAGUUGUCUUCUUUGUGGAACAAGUACUAUAGGCAAAAUGUGUGCAUAGAACAAAUAUCUGAUUUUUUUUCUUUAACUAUAAUGUCUAGCACAUUAUCCAGUUUUAUAUGUGCAAAAUGUUAAAUAACAACAUGGGAAAAGCAAAGCGGAGUUCGAGAAAAAAAAAAAGAGGCAGGGAACCAACUGUUACAGAACAGUAUACAUAGGGACAGUUAAUCCACGCCUCCAAGCCCUCUGGGCUCUCAUAUCCUAGCAUUCAGUGACUUCUCUAUGGCAGAAUCGUAGGUGUAUCACAAUUAGCACCACUCAUGCACCUACAUUCCCCAAUGCUUCUCCUUGAGGAGCAUUGACUUAAACCAUCAAACUAGAGGCAGGCCACCAGGAUGACAUCAGACGACAAAGAGCCACAGCAGCACCAAUGGACACUCGGUGAUGGAGAGAAGGUGAGGAAUAUAUUUAUUUUCGAUUUAGUUAAUUUUGAAUUUGGGGUGGAGUGGGAAUAACUAAGGACAUUAAGACUGUAGCGUUAUGAAAACAAACAGAUAUAUAUUACCAGAGGCGGCUCUCUAAUUAGGCUGUUUAGGCGGACCUGACACUGACACCAGGAGGGGGCCCGGUGGCUUGCCCGGUAUGCCGCCGGGUGCGAAGCCCCUCCUGGCUGCCUGGCCAGCCACCGCAGACACAGGUCUGCAGCUCUGCAGUAAACAGAGCUGCAGACCAUGUGUCUCGCGAAAACCGGCCAAUCAGAGCGUUGCCGCGGGUUACCACGGCAACGCUCUGAUGGUCUCGAGAGAUUACAUGGUCUGCAGCUCUGCGGAGCUGCAGACCGGAAGCAGUGGCCACCGGACCACCAGGGAGCCCACUGGACCACCAGGGAGUAAAGGUAGGUUCUGCUCACCCUCAGCCUCCCCACCCCUCCACCAGCCUCACCACCACUCUCAGCCUCCCCACCCCUCCACCAGCCUCACCACCACUCUCAGCCUUCCCACCACCCCAACUCCCUCACCACCACCCUCAGCUUCACCCCCCACAUCACACUCAGCCUCACCUCACCACCCUCAGCCUCACCCCCACACACCAGCUCACCCACCCCCACCACCCCAGCCUCACCACCCCCACCACCCCAGCCUCACCACCCCACCAUCCCUCAGCCUCACACACCCCUACACCACCCUCAGCCUCACCACCCCCCACCACCCACACCACCCCCACCACCCCACCACCCCCUCAGCCCCCACCUCCCCACACCACCCUCAGUCCACCACCACCCCCACCACCCCUCAGCCUCACCACCCCCACUACCCCCUCAGCCUCACCACCAGCCCCUCACCACCCCCCAACACCCUCAGCCCCACCCUCCACACCACCCCUCAGCCUCACACCACCCCCACCACCCUCAGCCUCACCUCCUCCCUCAGCCUCACCACCCCCACCACCUCAGCCUCACCAACCCCACCACCCUCAGCCUCACCACCCCCACCACACAGCCCUACCCACCCCCCAACACCCCUCAGCCUCACCACCCCCAUCACCCUCAGCCUCACCCCCACACCACCCUCAGCUUCACCCACCCCCACUACCCCAGCUUCACCCACCCCCACCUCCCUCAGCCUCACCACCCCCACCACCCUCAGCCCCACCACCCUCAGCCCCACCACCCUCAGCCCCACCACCCCUCAGCCCCACCACCCCCAGCCUCACUCACCCCCCACCCCACCCCAGCCUCACCAACGCCACCACCCCUCAGCCACCACCCAUCCCCAGCCUCACCAUCAGCCUCACCCCCCACACCACCCUCAGCUCACCCACCCCCCCACCACUCUCAGCCUCACCACCCCACCACCCCCUCAGCCUCACUACCCCCCACCACCCCUCAGCUUCAUCACCCCCACCACCCUCACCACCCUGAGCCUCACCCCCCACACCACCCUCAGCCUCACCUCACCAGCCCCCACCACCCUCAGCCUCACCACCCUCAGCCUCACAUACACAGGUAGACAGUGCCUCAAUGUGUAUAUGUGACACUUUUUUGUUAGUGGGGCCUCAUGUUUGAGUUUCACCUAAGGCCUCAUAAAGUCUAGAGCCGCCUCUGUUUAUUACUAUUUUUAGUGUCCCUUUAAUCAGCUAGUACUAGUUCUAAACACAGAAAGUAGUACUUAAUUGUCAACAUGUAUUUAUUUAUUUUUUUGCACUUUAUGAAUGCAUGUCCCAAAAGAUUUCAAAUAAUUGUUCCCAAGUUUUAUAUUGGCAGCAAAUUAGUUUUACAACAAACUGUCUUGCAGCAGAGAAAAUAUGAAUUAUAUCACCAAUCCUAACAGUAAAAUCACAUCUGGUGCAAUAACUGUUGUGUAUGUAGCAAAUUGGCCAAGCAUUGUUAAAUGUCGCUCACACUCUGCAUCAGAGCUUUUAAUGCACGUUGUGAUAUGUCACUCACGGAGCAGCAUGGGAUUUGAAAACAUGAACUGCUCAUGGAAGUACAGCAUGUAUAUUUUGUGGUGAAAGUGUGUAUACAGUGGCAUACAGUGGGGUGGGUGACAGAGGAACCGUUUAAUUAUGUUAUUAUUUAGGUGUAUUUUUCAAGUUUAUUCCAUACUCCCUGCUUCUUACCUUUAUCCAAGGAGUAGACAUAUUCAGAUGUUUGGUGGUUUGGUGGUGAGUAACUCUAGCUUGCACAUCCACCGGGUGCAAACUUAGGAUACUUUUCUUCCGAGUUCCAGCACUGUGUGGUGUUGGAGCACUGUCAUGAUAACCUGUGACAAUGCAUAAAUGCUUGCGGAUUGUAAGAAGAAUACUCUCAGUCUGUACCCAGCAGAGGUGCAGGCUAUAGUCUCCCAGGCUCCCCUCCCCGCCAUACAUGCACUGAUCAGGUAUUCAGGCAUUUUUGCAGGUGUGUGUGUGUAUAUAUAUAUAUAUGUAUACACACAUCCCAUCCAAAUAUAAGACCAUCCCAGACCACCAAAUGAUUAUAUCAUGAUUUACUGUUACUGUACAGUUAUCGCACUACCACUACUUUUGUGAUAGUGACGGUAAGUAAGUGUGAAGCCAGUGACAAGUUUGUGAAGCCAGUGACUUCAGCAGGGUGACUGAGGGGUGACAGUGUAUAGAGGCUUUAUAUGUGGUCGAUGGAGAAACAAUAUUUGGGGAAGCUGAGUUAAAACACAGUCUCCCCAUACUGUAAUUGCCUUUUUUUUGUUUUUAAUUCUUUAUUUUAAGUUUUCAAGGUGAGUACAAACAAACAGGAAGGGGGCACAGAAACACUAACUGAUAGCCCAAUGGGCUUCUAGAGCAGCUACAAGUCUUUCAGUCUGGCGCACUAUGAUGACAUCAGAGCACAGGCUGGAAAACCUGACAUCUGUGCUCUGAAGCCCUCACAGAAUGCCAGAAGCACUACCACCAGAGAGGAACCAUUGCUAAAAGGCAGCACAGGAAGGUAUUUUGAUCUCCCAGCUAGGUGGAGAGGGGCCCGAACAGAGCCAUAGCUCCAUCUGGCUCUGGUGUGGCAACACCUUCAAGUGGCACUUAGGGUAUGUGCCAUGCCUGCCAUACCCUAGGUAUGCCACUGAAGGACAUGCAUAAACAUAUAAAUAUUUUGUAAACCCGGUCCUGGUAUACUGCAAGCAACACUAAAAAUCUUUAUUCAAGGAUACCUCAACUGCUACAAGCUCUACACUACCUGACAGGCAAUGCUAACACAUUCUAUCUUUUCCCAAUACUGGUAACCUCUCCAGAGCCAGAUUGCAUGAUAAGCGACCCUCCAAUGGCCCGGGUUCCACUCCCAAUGAAGCUCCUGGUCUAAUUUGGCCCCUUCUCCCAAAAUCCUUCACUGGUGGUCCAUGGUUCCUUGCAGUUCUGGCACUCCAUGAGGGAGUCAGACCACAGGCAACGAGAAUCCCAACCUGCACUCUGACAUCCUCAAAUAGCACUUGACCAGACCAACGGACGCACCAACAGCCCAUUGGACCAUCAGGGAGCCCACUGGGCCUCCAAGGAAUGUAGGCCCUCUUAUUUCCCCUUUCCUUCAUGGGAGGUAAGUAGGAGGGUGGCAACUGUAAUAAAUAAAAAUAAAAGGAAUUACUAUGUGGGGAGACUGUGUUUAACACACACACAGUUCCCAUACAUACUUACUUACCAUGUCACAAUUACUCACCUCUCAAGCUUGUCGCACCCAUUACCUGCCACACUGACCCACCCUCACAUCUCACACUCACUCCCCUCAUGCUUUAACAACGCCACCAAACCCUGUCAGUCACAUGCCUCGCCAUGCUACACUCAACCCCUCCCUCUGUUACACUUACAGUCAUCUACUUUUGUACCCUAUCACAGUUACUCCCUGAAGAUAGUCAUAAGCACAACAGUCAAACUCUCACAACACACGCAGCCCCCUGUUGCACACACAACACAAGCAAGUGCCCCACACAUAUACGUUCCCAGACACACAAAGAUACUCGGUACAUACAGGUACACAAUGCCAGAGACACACUCAGUCAUAAUAACACACACACAUUUGCAGGCACAAAUGCAUGUACACAAUGCCAGAGACACAGAAACACUAAUUCAGAAAUGUGCACACACACACACUCUCAGGUAUAUACACAGGUACAUAAUGCUAAGAUACAGACAUACUCUGCCUCCACCACACAAACAACACAUGCUUACACAAAACAUAAAGCCCAUGUAUCAAGGAGGGGACCCAAUUUGGCACCCUGUCUAUGGCCCUAGGCAACUUUAAUCCUGCUCUGAACAUCAUAUCUAUAUCUAGCACCAUACACUCUCCUACUCCUGAGAGAAGCACUAUAAAGGUUUUUUCUAAUUACUAUGAGGGGUGCAGCAAAUGUUCUGUAGGUAUAUGCAGUGAACACUGCACUCUACAUGAUCUCUGUGAAGAAAUCCCUAUUUAUUCACCUUAGUUCACCUUCAUUCAUUCGGUGGAUCUAACUACCGAACAAAGACCACCCCCCUGGCUCAUUAAGCUUCAAAGGAUUUGUCACUUAACCCCUCUAUCUGUGCGGCCAGCGUUCGUACUACCGAACGCCACGUGGCUGAGAAAAACCCGGCCAUCUUUUUUCAGCCGAACAAAGACAGCGGGACUUGGUCGUCGAGUGUCUGGAACUAAAAUUGGACACUCGACUUUCUGAACACCGGUCUCCAACAGGCGAACGCUGGAAUUAUAUUUCCCAAAUAGCUAGAAGACCCCUAUUCGGUACUUUUGUGCAUUCGACGGAGGGGAACAAUCGCUGCUGAGAGCCAGGGGGAUCCAUUCGGUAUUUUAUUCGUUUUUUUCCCUUUACUGAAGUGACUGGCAAAACCACCAAAACUCAUGGAACUAUUUUGGGCAGCCACCCCACGGUUAGCCGGUCAUAGAAGACUUCCACCUUUUUUGAGAACCCCUGAACUGAUCUGGGUGAAAUUUGAAUAUGUUGGUCACCCAGAUCGGGGCUAUCAUGGGACAUAUUAUUUGUGGGGAUACCUCAUAAAGGCGUGUUCCACAUAUUGGGGAAAAUUUUGAUUUUUCUGCCUGGAGAUAAUCAAGUUAUUACUUUAUCAGACUUGAUUAUCUCCAGGACCAGGGGAGGGAAUUGUAUGUGUGUACUGGGUAUGUGUGUACUGGGUGUGUUUUAUGCUUUUACUGUGCCGGAUUGGUUAAACUCUGUCCCUCCCUGUGGGAUGUCCCCUUGCAUGGGGUCUUGCAUAAAAGCCUGUGUGUGAUCAUUAAAGCUCAGUUCAGUUGUACCCUUCUUCUUGACUUCAGCUGAUGUUUGGGGAUUCGUGUGCUUUAUUAAGGGAAUUAUCUUAUGAAGCUAUUUGGAUUGCUAUAUAGUUCGUCUAUUUCAUCUACCGAAUAGAGAGCUAUAUUCACCGAUGCUCUGGCGGUCCGGGAGGAAACUACCGAAUGAGGAUUACAUAUACCAUGUUUCCUUACAAUCCCAUAUUAAUAAAACACCAAAUAUAAACAUAUAACCAAAAGUUAUAGGUUCAAAUCGAUAUAAAAUAAUUAGAGCUCAAGUCUGGCAUCUUACUGGUCAGAAACAAUUAGACAGUAUGCUUAAAUCUGUUGAUAUGCAUUUAUAUAGCUUUCCAACCUCAUGUAAAUAUAUUUUGCUAUUAAACUUGAACUUUUUUUAUAUUUCAGGCUCUCAAGAAAUAG